AUGCGAUGCGCGAGCAAGGCCGCCGAGAGCGCGUCUGCACGUCUCUGUGCGGACGCCGAAGCAGAAACCACAGCAACUGAUGUCCCAUCGGUUGCUGAAGCGACUCAGCCUGUGUCACUUGGUGACGCAGGCGCUCGUCAUGAAGACACUCAUGUCUUCUCAGAGUAUGAGCUCGGUGUCUCAUACUCUCCUGAUACGGAAGACGGAUCCGUAUCGACGGCGAUCGAAACCAAGCAGCCUGCCAAGCGUAGCAUGGAUGAUGCUAUGCGUCGCAGCAUCUUUGGUUCAUCUGAUGAAUCAGAAGAACCAUCGCCGAAGCGAAGGCGCUCGAGGUCGCGAGACUCGGGCGCGAACAGUGGUGUCGGUUCUCCCAUUGAUGCCACUUCGCAACGAGGUGCCAGUCCUUCUGUCGGCACGUCGCAGGAAGAGCGGGACGGCAGUGUGUUGCGUCUCGCUCCCGAGAAGAAGGAAUGGAUGCCUCCAAAAUCAGUCAUGAAUCGCUUGUCGGCGACGACAAGUGAUCGCUAUCGAACACGGGUGUUCGAUUCGUCAGGGAUCCAUCACCUUGACCCCAGCGCGAAAGACUAUCGCGCUGAACAUGAAAUUCUUCAUCGAUGCUUUCUUUAG